AUGACCUUCCCUCAAUCUGUUCUCUCUGUUCAAUCGAUUCGCUGGUUUUGCUCGACUCCCGCUCACGCCGACCAUCAAUGUUCAAUCAUCGACCAUUGCCAUAACUAUAUGUCUUUAUCAUCAAAUCUUUAUCGAAGGUUUAAUCGAAGGUUCAUCUGUUACGUAAGUCUUUAUCGAUGUUCGUAUCACAUAACCCUCCCUCAAUCUGUUCUCCCUAUUCAAUCGAUUCGCUGGUUUUGCUCGACUCCCGCUCACGCCGACCAUCGAUGUUCAAUCAUCGACCAUCGCCAUAACUAUAAGUCUUUAUCAGCAAAUCUUUAUCGAAGGUUUAAUCGAAGGUGUUUGGGGGAAGUAAGGAAGCUGGCAGCUGGUGGGGGCCACUCUGCUAUAUUAACAGAUGCGUGUUCAUUGAAAGAGUUGUGUGAGUUUCAAAUUGCAGACUGUGUGACACCAUGGACUGCUUCUAUUUCUAUGAUUGUGGAUGUUGCAUAUCGAACUGGUUCAGAUGCUUUGGUUCGUCUUUGUGAGAGGUUAAGGCGGAGCAACCGCGAGUGCGGGUCCGGUUUAGGAUGUGGGUCCGGAUUUGGCGAUCCAGCGGCAUUAGAAGAAUGUAAUCAGUUGGCAUACAUGUUUUGGGUUCAAGGUUAUAAGCUCAAUGAUGCACUCAGUCUACUCCUGGUAAUUUAUGACCAUUUUGAUAUGUGUAGAAAGAAGAUUGUGCUUCUCAUGCUACUCUUACUGUUAUGCAGCACCCUAGUCGUCAAACCACAAGGUCUUCUUCAAGAUCUCUUGAUCACUCCGAUCAACCACAAUCGGACCACAUUUCCUAAUGAAGAAGCUGAUGAUUCAUUAUUAGCGUCUUCUUCUUCUUCUUCUUCUUCUUCUUCUUCAUUCAUGCAGCUCAUCUCAUCCUCUCUACACCCCACUUUUCCAUGCUUAGAAGAAACUAUCUUUCCCACGCUACCAAAUCUUGACAACUUCACACAAAUAUACGGAUAUGAAUACGAUGAUAUACCAACAUCAAUGGUUUCAGUCCAAGAAACGUUCCCAACACUGGUGGAUUCUGAUAAAAUGGUUCAUGAUGAUGAGCAUCAAAUCCAGAAUGUUUUUAGUGAGGAAAAGAAGAGCAAAUCUAAGAAGGUUGAAGGGCAGCCUUCCAAGAAUUUAAUGGCAGAAAGACGAAGAAGAAAACGGUUAAACGAUCGUCUUUCAAUGCUCAGAUCAAUUGUUCCUAGAAUUAGCAAGAUGGAUAGGACAUCAAUACUUGGGGAUACGAUAGAGUAUAUGAAAGAUCUACUCGAAAAGAUUCAUAACUUGAAUCCUGAUUCGAAUAGCUUGAACUUGAUGGGAGUCUCACAAUUAUCACAAGCUAAGUAUCCAACAAAGUUUGAAGUAGAGAGGAGAAACGAGGAUACCCGUAUUGAGAUCUGUUGUUCAACAAAACCGGGAUUGGUGUUAUCAACGGUGAACACACUUGAAACAUUAGGCCUAGACAUUCAACAAUGUGUCAUGAGUUCUUUCAGUGAUUUUUCCGUUGAAGCUUCUUGUUUUGAGGCACAGAAAAAUCGGGAGAUGAUGAGUUCAGAAGAAAUUGAGCAGAUAUUAUUCAGAAAUGCAGGUUAUGGAGGAAGAUGUCUCUAAAGAAGCAUGGGUGAAAAAUAAGAUCUACAAGUUCUACUCUUGUUAAUUAGCAUGAAUGUGUUUUUCGGAAUUUUUUUUGUUGGUUUCCAACUUUGCAAUUAUUAAUUUAGUUAUGAACAGCACAUAGUACUCCACUCCAGAUUCCAAAAAAAUUUAAUAUGAAGACAUAAUAUUCCCUUUAUAAUAAAGGUACAAAGAUGCAAGUUUGAGUAGAAGAAUUGAAUUUGCAAUUUACAAGAGACAUGAAUGUUUAUGGGCCCUACCCAUGAAGAGAAAGAAUGUUGUCAGGUUAUGAUUUUAUAUGGAAUAUGUUUAGUUUUUAUUUAUUGAUGUACCGGGUAUACGGCACAUAUUAAUUAAUAUAUAUGAAGUGGUACGUAUGUUGACUAGAAAUUGCAUAGGGUACAUAUGACUUAUUUGUCAAGAUACAGUG